AAAUUUUUCUUAAAUUAAGGCGAAAAUAUUUAAUUAAAGAUUCAGUAAUGCUUAUUAAUUUAUUUUUGUUAUUUUGCCUUGUUCUGAAACUUUGCUCAACACAAAAUGAUGAUGAUAAUCUUGUUGGGAAUUUAAUUGAUUCGAGAUCUUCAGUCGCAAGAAAAUUCUACAAAUGUUAUCAAGGAAUUGACGGGUCUACAACCACAGAAUGUGUUGGAAGAGUUUGUAUUCGAGUGACACAUAAUCAAUCUGGUGCAGACAAACUUUAUUGCAAAAACUUUACUGAACCUAGCGAUCCAGCUGUAGGAGAAUGCAUAAAAAUGAGUGAGGGACAAAUGCCUGGGCAAAGCGAGGAAAUGUGUGCUUGUGCAGGAGAUUAUUGUAAUGGAUCUCGUCGUUCCUUAGCUAGCCAUUUAAUUAUAUCUUUUUGCUUUCUAAUUUUAUGCCUUUCGUCAACAAUUCUCUGCUCAUUUUUAGUAGGUUUUUAA